AUGAAAGAUGUUGUUGCCACAAUGGUUUUGUCAAAACAAUGGAAGUCUCUUUGGAUGUUUGUGACUAUACUCGUAUACGAUGAUAGCUAUCAAAACAUUGAUUAUGAAAGAUUUUCCUGCUUUGUAGACAAGUGUUUGUUUCUGCACGAGGGUCCAUUUAUAGAAACUUUGCAUUUCAUACUUGGUCAAACAUGUGGUGCUGAAGAUAUUAGAGUCUGGAUUAGAGCUGCAGAUAAGUGUUCUGUGCGUGAACUGCAUAUCCAGUUCAUCAGCCCUUCUAGUGCAUCUUUAACCAUACUUCCAAGGAGCUUGUACACACGGUGGAAAUUGCUUGUUACCUUGAAACUAGUUGACGCGGUUCUUGUGGACGAUGUUAGCUGUCUAAUUUCUUUCCCUUCCCUCAAAAUACUGAAUCUUGGAUUCUUGAAGUAUCCAGGUGGUGAUGAAUUUGUCAACAAGCUUUUAUCAAGUUGUCCUGUGCUUGAAGAAUUGGUUGUGGUGCAGUGUCCUGAUGAUAAUAUGUUCCUUCUUUGGAGACGUUGGAAAUGCUAUGGGUUUUGUGCCAUUGAGAAUGAAAUGCCUAAUAUUGAUGCAUAUCAUGUUGGUAGUAUCUUCCACCAUCUUGUAGAGUUAACGCUAUGCAGAUGUGAUGAGCAGUGGUUGAACCUACUUCUUCGUUUGCUUGGAGAUUCCCCUAAAUUACGAUCUCUCAAUCUUAUUCAGGACAUAGGGUUUGAGAAAGAAAUGGAAGAAACCGUGUGUGUCCUUCGCGGCGAAUGGGAGUGUAGCGUGGUUAUGACCUUUUGUGAUUCAGGUGAGACGGCGCCUUUAAGUAAUGGGAAAAUGCCCCUUUUUUUAGUCAGCAACGAUGUGGAGUUGGCGCUGUUGAAAAGGAGAAUAAUUCAGUUUCUUAGGAUGAGGUUGUACGUUACAGUUAAGGAAGUUUCGGAGGCUGUUGGGUGCGGGGUGGAAGAAGAACCCCUCUGCGAUGAUGUCCUCUUGGCGUAUGCGGAGGGACUAGAAGCACAGGACAAAGUACAAGACAAAGGUGAAAGAGUUGAUGGUGUUGUUAAUGGACAAGAAGGGUAG